AUGGACUCGCAGCAACUCGUUUCGCCGCAAGAAGCGGCCGCUCAAGCCCAGGCCCGAAGAAUGCAACCAUCUGACGCACUUGGCCACCACAGUCAUCACCAUCACUCUCACGGAAGCGACGACGACGUUUCUUCAGGUCAAUACUUUAACCCAGCAGCCAUGCACUCACGAAACAUCGGAAUCAACGACGGCAACGCGCCGUCCCACUACGGCGGCAUGCAGCUGCCCCCUCUCGGCGCCGGCCAGAGCAACGGAAGCCAUGGGAGCAUGGGCCACCACGCCUAUGGCUACGGCGGUCAGUCGCAUGCCAUGCCUUCGCAGCUGUCCUAUCCUCAGCACUCGCCUAAUCCCUCGCACGCCCACAUCUCGGCUGGUCAGAACCCCGGUCCCAUGUCCAUGUACGGUUAUGGCGUCCACCACUCCUCUCCCCAGCAGCACUACUCGCAUGUACCCGGACAAGCUGCCCACGGCGGAAUGGGUGGUUUGGUCGGCGGAGCUGGCUCGAACCCCAUGAUGGGUGCCCCCGGUGGAGCCUCUUCUGGCAACGACUUCAACCACGGUUUCGGUCACCAAUCGCACUACCAACAGUACUUCCAGCCUCAAAACCUUCAGAGCAUCUCUCCUAGCCAGGCUGGCGCCCCUCCUUCCUCCGCCAACGCUGCUGCCACCGCUGCCGCCAACACCGCCGGCACCGCUGCUGCUGCUAAGGGCUCGGGCAAGACCGCCAAGGCUCCCAAGGCUCCCAAAGCCCCUAAGGUGGAUAAGAAGGCUGCUGCUGCUGCCACCUCCGCCGCUGUACCCGUCAAGACUGCCCCCGAGCCCAAGGCCAAGGGUUCCAAGAAGGGUGCCAGCGCUGACGCACCAAAGGCCAAGUCCAAGGCACAUCCUUAUGCCCAGCCCGAGCCUGCCAGCGAGGCUAAGCCUGCUAAAAAGUCCAAGAAGAGCGAGGACCCUCCCAAGCCUUUGACGCUCAAGUCGCGUUUGAAGCCCCCGAAACAGGCUCCCUCGGCUUGGCAAAUCUUCUUCACGGAAGAGCUUCAAAAGAUCAAGGCUCAGAGCCCCGACGAGCGCCUCAACGUUGCUCACGUCGCCAAGGAUGCCGGUCAGCGCUAUGCCGCCCUGCCCGAGUCCAAGAAGCAAGAGUUCCACCGUCGCAGCCUCGAGGCCAAGGAGCAGUGGGAGCGUGAGAUGGCUGAGUGGAAGUCCAAGCUGACCCCCGAGGACAUUCGUCAAGAGAACCUUUACCGUUCUGCUCAGAGGAAGGCCGGCAAAUCGAGAAAGGGUAAUCUCAAGGACCCCAAUGCUCCGAAGAAGCCCCUCUCGGCCUACUUCUUGUUCCUUCGAGCCAUCCGAGCCGACCCCAACAUGACACAAGCCGUCUUCGAGGGUGAGCAAGAGACCACCAAGCAAAGUGUUCUUGCUGCCGCCAAGUGGCGAAGUUUGAGCGAGCCUGAGAAGCAGCCCUACUUGGAUCGCGCCGAGGCCGACAAGGCUCGAUACGAGCGUCUGCGACGCGAAUACGAAGCCAACAACGGCCUUGAAUCCUGA